AUGAAGGCAGAAAGACACAGGCUGGGGAUUGCGACGGUCUCGUUAGGCUGGCAUCCAUCACACACACUCGAACGAAAACUGGACGCCAUAUCCAAACAAGGUUAUGACGGGGUCGAAAUCUAUUAUCCGGACCUGGUCACCUUCGCAGAGCAACACUCUCUAACGCAUUUAGAAGCGGCAUCGAAAAUCGGCACCAUCUGCAGAGACGGAGAUAUCUCGAUCAUAGCGCUCCAGCCACUGUUCAACUUUGCAGGAAUGCGCACGCCCUUGGAAACCCGACUCGAAUCCGCCCGCGAAUACAUCUCCCUGGCUCGUGCCAUGGGGACAAAGAUGAUCCAAGUUCCAACCACGUACGAGAUGAAUUCGACCGGUGCCGAAAAUCUUAUCGUUGCAGAGCUUCGCGCGUUGGCGGAUUUGGGGAGAGAGUCGCCAGAAUCCGGCCAAGAAGAGAUCUGCUUUGCAUUUGAAGCGCUGGCGUGGGGGGUACACCAUCCACUGAUGGACGAUGCUAUUCGAAUCGUUAAGCUCGUGGAUCGACCGAAUUUCGGUCUCUGUCUCGACACAUACCACGUUAUCGCGAGGGUUUGGGCAGACCCGCACGCAUCGGCCGGCGCAGGAACGGGUGUCGCUCCCGGAGGUUAUGCGGCGCUCAAGUCAACACUGGACCGAUUCAUGGAGCAGUGUCCGGUGGAAAAGAUCUUUUAUCUCCAACUCAGUGAUGCUGAAAGGCUAGAUCAGCCGCUUGUUCUUGGCCAUGAGGCCUACAAGGCCGAGUGGGCACAUUGGGAUGCCACCAUGCAUUGGUGUGUCUGGGGGAGAUUAUUCCCAUAUGAGACCGAGUAUGGCGCCUACUUUCCACUGGACGAUAUUCUGCGACUUUGGCUGGUGGAAAAAGGUUGGAAAGGCUGGGUCAGCAUGGAGAUGUUUCAUCGGGACGAGCACAAGGAGUCGGUUGGUCCCGAAGUCCUCGCGGAAAGAGGAUAUAGGUCAUGGCUGAAGAUCAAAAGUCGCUUUGGUUUGGAAUAA